AUGAGCAGAUCGGGAGAUUUCUAAAAUAAAGUCGAGAACAUUAUUGAAAAUGUAUUUGAAAUUAAUUCAUCAAAACACUAGUAUCUUUAGAAGCAUAAGAUCUUAAAUAUGAAAAACUCUAAUAAUCAUGUUGAUGUACCAAUUUCUGAAUUUGAUCUGCUUGAGAAAUAAAUUACAAGAAAUAGUAUCAUAGAUGACUUAAUUCAAAAAAUUUAGGUUUUAGUAGAAGCUAGUAAUUAUCAUGCUAAGAUCGAAGUAUUUUCAUUAAUUAAUCUACCUGUAGAUGGAUUAAAAGUUCAUUAGAUUUGAAUAAGAAAUUACAAAUUUAAGAUCCAUCAUUAUGAUGCAAUAAGAUUGUAAUCCUCCUUAAUUGACAAUGACUCGUUCUGAAAAUAAUUCAUUUAUUGAAAUGAGUGAUUCGUUUCUGAAUGAUGAAAAUGCUAGUAAUUUCAAGAAAAAAGUCAAAGAAAUUCAGGAAUAAUUCUCAAAGAAAACAUAACAAUUAGAUAAUAUGCUUGCAUUGGUUAUUGAUUAAUAGUAAAAGUGUAUAUAAAUGUUAGAUUGCAAUUAAAACAACAAAUUACUCAAAAUCCUUCCACAAAUCAAUCAAAUGAUUAGUAGGUAGAUCUCCAUCUUCAAACAGAUAAGAUAUUGGAUUUAAUACAACCAAGUAAGAAAUCUCAGAGUAUAUUAGAAAUUCAAUUUUUGAAUAAGGAGCAUUUUGAGGAAAAAUAUUAGUAAUUUAAAAAAGCAAUGGAAGAAAUGAAGUAGGGUGCCAAAGAAAAGCAGUUGCUAUUAAUGACAAUUGUUGAUGAGUGCAAGAGGGAUUGUGAAAAAAUAGAAAAAAAAUUGAAUGAAUACAUUACUUAAGUGAAUGCUGAUAAGAAAAAAUCUUGGAUUCCUUUCAAAUGAUUUAUGUUAUGUAUAAAG